AAGCAAGAAGAGAAGACUGGACAUUCCCAACAUGCUCUCUCCCUUGAUCUGUCCGUCUAGAGGUUCUGCUUCUACAAACCAAGGGAGUGUAAGAGCCGAAGAUGAGGCCCAGGGUGGAGUGCUACUCUCCAAGGUUUUGGCUGGUGCUGGCAGUCCUCGCAACAACAGGGAGCGGGGCUCAUGCCCAGAAAAGCCACCCGAGCAUUGGCAUUGCAGUCAUCCUGGUGGGGACCUCCGACGAAGUGGCCAUCAAAGAUGCCCACGAGAAAGAUGACUUCCACCACCUGUCAGUGGUGCCUCGGGUGGAGCUGGUGGCCAUGAAUGAGACAGAUCCCAAGAGCAUCAUCACCCGCAUCUGUGACCUCAUGUCUGACCGCAAGAUUCAAGGGGUGGUAUUUGCUGAUGACACAGACCAGGAAGCCAUUGCCCAGAUCCUGGACUUCAUCUCCGCCCAGACUCUCACUCCCAUCCUGGGCAUCCACGGAGGCUCCUCUAUGAUCAUGGCAGAUAAGGAUGAGUCAUCCAUGUUCUUCCAGUUUGGCCCAUCAAUAGAACAACAAGCUUCUGUCAUGCUCAACAUCAUGGAAGAAUAUGACUGGUACAUCUUCUCCAUUGUCACUACUUACUUCCCUGGGUACCAGGACUUUGUGAACAAGAUCCGCAGCACCAUUGAGCACAGCUUUGUGGGUUGGGAACUGGAGGAGGUCCUUCUGUUGGACAUGUCCCUGGAUGAUGGGGACUCAAAGAUCCAGAACCAGCUCAAGAAGCUCCAAAGCCCUGUUAUCCUCCUCUACUGCACAAAGGAAGAGGCCACCUACAUUUUUGAGGUGGCCAACUCAGUGGGUCUGACAGGCUAUGGUUACACAUGGAUCGUGCCCAGCCUGGUGGCAGGGGAUACAGACACGGUGCCAUCCGAGUUCCCCACCGGGCUCAUCUCUGUCUCAUAUGAUGAAUGGGACUACGGUCUUCCUGCCAGAGUAAGGGAUGGAAUAGCCAUAAUCACCACGGCUGCUUCUGAUAUGCUGUCUGAACACAGCUUCAUCCCUGAGCCCAAGAGCAGCUGUUACAACACCCAGGAGAAAAGGAUUUAUCAGUCCAACAUGCUCAACAGGUACCUGAUCAAUGUCACCUUUGAAGGCAGGAAUUUGUCGUUCAGUGAGGACGGAUACCAGAUGCAUCCCAAGCUGGUCAUCAUCCUUUUGACCAAGGAGAGGAAGUGGGAAAGGGUGGGGAAAUGGAAAGAGAAAAAGUUGCAGAUGAAGUAUUAUGUGUGGCCGCGCUUUGAGCUGUAUCCUGACUCUGAGGAACGUGAGGACGAUCACCUGAGUAUCGUGACCUUGGAAGAGGCACCGUUUGUCAUUGUGGAGAACGUGGACCCCCUAAGUGGCACCUGCAUGAGGAAUACGGUCCCUUGCCAAAAACGCAUAGUGACUGAGAACAAAACUGAUGAGGAGCCAGAUUACAUGAAGAAAUGUUGCAAGGGAUUCUGCAUAGACAUCCUCAAGAAAAUCUCUAAGUCUGUCAAGUUCACUUAUGACCUCUACUUGGUGACUAAUGGCAAGCAUGGAAAAAAGAUCAACGGGACGUGGAAUGGAAUGAUUGGAGAGGUUGUCACCAAACGGGCCUAUAUGGCUGUGGGAUCCCUCACCAUUAAUGAGGAACGUUCAGAAGUGGUGGAUUUCUCUGUGCCCUUCAUUGAGACGGGAAUCAGUGUCAUGGUGUCACGUAGCAAUGGAACUGUCUCACCUUCUGCCUUCUUAGAGCCUUUCAGUGCUGACGUAUGGGUGAUGAUGUUUGUGAUGCUGCUUAUCAUCUCUGCGGUGGCUGUCUUCGUCUUUGAGUACUUCAGCCCUGUGGGCUACAAUCGGUGCCUUGCUGAUGGCAGAGAACCAGGAGGUCCCUCUUUCACCAUUGGCAAAGCUAUCUGGCUGCUGUGGGGGCUGGUGUUCAACAACUCUGUGCCAGUACAGAAUCCCAAGGGUACCACUAGCAAGAUCAUGGUGUCGGUGUGGGCCUUCUUCGCUGUCAUCUUCCUGGCCAGCUACACUGCCAAUCUGGCUGCCUUCAUGAUCCAAGAAGAAUACGUGGACCAGGUGUCUGGCUUGAGCGACAAAAAGUUCCAGAAACCAAAUGACUUCUCGCCCCCUUUCCGCUUCGGGACCGUUCCCAACGGCAGCACGGAAAGGAACAUUCGCAACAACUACCCUGAAAUGCACAGCUACAUGGUGAAGUUCAAUCAGAGGGGGGUGGACGAUGCCCUGUUCUCGCUGAAGACUGGGAAGUUGGAUGCUUUCAUUUAUGAUGCAGCAGUGCUAAACUACAUGGCUGGCAGAGAUGAAGGCUGCAAGCUGGUGACUAUUGGGAGUGGGAAAGUGUUUGCCUCCACUGGCUAUGGCAUUGCCAUCCAAAAGGACUCAGGCUGGAAGCGCCAGGUUGAUCUUGCCAUUCUACAGCUUUUUGGAGAUGGAGAGAUGGAGGAGCUAGAAGCUCUCUGGCUCACUGGCAUUUGUCACAAUGAGAAAAAUGAGGUUAUGAGCAGCCAACUGGAUAUAGAUAAUAUGGCAGGUGUCUUCUACAUGUUGGGAGCAGCCAUGGCCCUCAGUCUCAUCACCUUCAUCUGUGAGCAUCUCUUCUACUGGCAAUUCCGCCACUGCUUCAUGGGCGUCUGCUCUGGCAAGCCCGGUGUGGUCUUCUCCAUCAGCAGGGGUAUCUACAGCUGCAUCCAUGGCGUGGCCAUUGAAGAACGCCAGUCAGCAAUGAAUUCUCCCACAGCAACUAUGAACAACACCCAUUCCAACAUCCUCCGCCUGCUUCGGACAGCCAAGAACAUGGCCAACCUGUCAGGGGUCAAUGGCUCACCACAGAGUGCCCUGGACUUUAUCCGCCGCGAGUCAUCCGUCUAUGACAUCUCUGAGCACCGCCGCAGCUUCACCCACUCAGACUGCAAAUCCUACAACAACCCCCCCUGUGAGGAGAACCUCUUUAGUGACUAUAUUAGUGAGGUGGAAAGGACCUUUGGCAAUCUCCAGCUGAAGGACAGCAAUGUGUAUCAGGACCACUACCACCACCACCACCGCCCCCAUAGCAUCGGCAGCACCAGCUCCAUUGACGGGCUCUAUGACUGUGACAACCCGCCCUUCAAUGCCCAGUCACGCUCCAUUGGGAAGAAACCCUUGGACCUGGGGUUACCCCCUGCCAAGCACAGCCAGCUGGGUGACCUUUAUGGCAAGUUCUCCUUCAAGAGUGACCGUUAUGGGGGCAGUGGGACCCAUGAUGACCUGAUCCGCUCGGAUGUCUCUGACAUUUCCACUCACACGGUCACCUACGGCAACAUUGAGGGCAAUGCAGCCAAGAGGCGGAAGCAGCAGUACAAGGACAGCCUGAAGAAGCGCCCAGCCUCCGCCAAGUCCCGCAGGGAAUUUGAUGAGAUAGAGCUGGCCUACCGCCGGCGCCCACCGCGCUCACCUGACCACAAGCGCUACUUCAGGGACAAGGAAGGGCUACGGGACUUCUACCUUGACCAGUUUCGGCCCAAGGAGAACUCACCGCACUGGGAACAUGUGGACCUGACGGAUAUCUACAAAGAACGGGGAGAUGAGUUUAAGCGUGACACGGGAGGAGGAGGGGGUGGAUCCUGCACUAACAGGGCUCAUCACAAGCACGGCUCAGGCGAGUUUGGUGGAAGCAAUGAGCACAAGCAUGGUGUUGUGAGUGGGGUCCCAGCGCCAUGGGAGAAGAACCUGACCAAUCUAGACUGGGAAGACCGGACCGGGGCUAAUUUCUGCCGCAGUUGCCCUUCUAAGCUGCACAACUACACGCCAUCAACGGUGGGGCAGAACUCCACCCGCCAGGCCUGCAUCCGCUGUGAGGCUUGCAAGAAAGCGGGCAACCUGUAUGACAUCAGUGAGGACAACUCGCUCCAAGAGCUGGACCAGCCGCCUGCCCCUGUGCCCGUGGCCACCAGUGCCACCUCCUCCUCCAAAUAUCCUCAGAGCCCUUCCAAUUCUGCCUCUAAGGUGCAGAAGAAGAACCGCAACAAACUCCGCCGGCAGCACUCCUAUGACACCUUUGUGGACCUGCAGAAGGAUGAUUCAGCCCUGGCCCCCCGCAGCGUCAGCCUCAAGGACAAGGGCCGCUUUUUGGAGGGGAGCCCCUACGCCCACAUGUUUGAGAUGCCAGCCAGUGAGACCACCUUUGCCAACAACAAGUCCUCAGUGCCCGCCACCAGCUACCACCACCACAACAACCCCGGCAGCAGUGGGGGCUACAUGCUCAGCAAGUCACUCUACCCCGACCGGGUCACCCAAAACCCUUUCAUCCCCACUUUUGGGGAUGACCAAUGCUUGCUCCACGGCAGCAAAUCUUAUUUCUUCAGGCAGCCUGUGGUGGCAGGAGGGCCCAAAGCCAGGCCAGACUUCCGAGCCAUUGUCACCACCAACAAGCCGGUGGUCUCAGCCCUUCAUGGGGCUGUGCCAGCCCGUUUCCAGAAGGACAUCUGUAUAGGGAACCAGUCCAACCCCUGUGUGCCUAACAACAAAAACCCCAGGGCUUUCAAUGGCUCCAGCAACGGGCAUGUUUAUGAGAAACUCUCCAGUAUUGAGUCUGAUGUUUGAGUGAGAGGGGAAGAUCGCGGGGAGGGACUGGGGAUGUAUGUGGAGCAUGGGAGGGGGGGGUGGGAUCAAUCCCAUCAGCUACUCUCCUGAGUCGUCCUUAGUUUGUGGGAUACUGGAGUUGUGAGUAGUGCAGCACUGGUGACAAGUGCCACCUCUUUGGUUUCCCCUCUUCCUCCUCCUUUCCCAAGCCUCCCGUUUUAUCUCUUUUUCCAUGUUCUUGCUCCUCCCAUUCUCUUCCAUUCCUGGCCAUUGCACUUUACAGUGAUGUCGGAGUUGGAUAUCCUUGCUCGUGGUUUCAGGAAGCAGAGAAAAAGGCAGGGAAGGGAUGGGCUGAGGAGGAGCAGGAGUGACUUUUAGUGUUCACUUCUGCUGGCUCCCAGCAGGGAAAGGCAUGUGUGCACACGUCUAUGUAGGUGUGUGUGGCAGGAGGAGGCAGCAGCAGCAGUGUAAUGGACAUGCAGGAAAACAUGCUUGCUCAGGCAACUCUUCCUAAAACUGCCUAGAAAAGAGUAGUGUUUGACGUGGAGAAAGUGAAGGGAGAAUAACAAGACUAAGUUGAUGAUGCACUUACAUGUUAGCUAUAUUGAGGUUCUUGUUACAUUAUUUUGUGAAGACUAUGGGGGUUUAGGGCUGAAAUAUAUAUAUAUAUAUAUAUAUUUGCGUAUAUGCUGAGAAAUUUUACGCUAAAAUUUUGAAUUGUCUGCUGGGGGUGUGGAGGGAGGGAGAGAAGAUUUGUCUGCAGGUCAGGCUAGUGGUUUCACUGUGGCUAUUACAGCCAUUGAAUCUAUGGCAGACCAGUGGGAGAGAGAGAAAAGAAGUGGAGUCUGAGUUUGAGGAAGCUGAUCAACAGCCUUCCUGACUCCAGGGUUGGUUUCCAAAACUCAGACAGAAAGUGCUGGUUUGCAUUAAAAUAAGAAGGAUUUGAGGAAAGAGGAAAAGGGUUUAUUUGUUAGCUGUGAGCUGCUUGCUAGUUCUGACAUUCUUCAAGGGUGGGAGCAGUAUAUAGUAUGGGUUUACCUAAUGUGAGUAUAUACAAUAACUUUAUACUUGAAAUGUCUGUGAAGAAAGCAAAAUAAACCCACUAUCCUAUGAGGUGUCUGGAGAACAAACACAGUAGAACAGAGCUUAAGAGUAGGGAAAGGUGGGGAGUCUUUUCAGUCACUUCAGGGGACACCAAACCCAUUUUGGCAUGUCCUUUCAACAAGGAUGGGAGAGAAAGAAGGAGCUUAAUCCUUCUGCUCUCUCUAUGCUUGGCCAGCAGGUUGAAACAAAAAGAAUAGGGUGCCCUCCACCACUGCUGGAAAGGAAAAAAGAAAUGCCAUAGAAAGGUGCGUGUGGUGGCAGUGGUGCUGGUGGACUGUUUCAAUGCCUCCUUGCACAUGUGGAAAUGGGAGGAGGGUGUAUGCACCCAUGGGAAAUACAUAUGUAUAUUUACUAUUGAAUGUACAGAGGAAGUACACAGCUUGUCUUCCUGGGAAGGGAUGUGCUGGAAUAAAUGCCAGAGAGCACAGAAACUUGUGCUGAAGACUGAAGGUGUGCAAAGCUGAGAUGUGUGUGUACAUGUUGUGUGUGCCUCUGUGUGAAAGAGAGAGAUACUAGCACAGGUGCAAAGCUGGAAUAGCCUAGGGUUUCCCAUCCCUGCAGUUGUAGUGACAGCUUUCCUGGUGCACUUAGUAUCAAUAAGAGUGUUUUUUCUUUCUGUUGUAUCAUUUUAGAUGCAAAUUAAACUAAAGAAAAAGGAGCAAUGGUAGGAGUGAGAAGCUGAACACACCUCUCAUAUGUCAUCUGUCUCCUGAGGUGGGGGUGUGGACUGACCUCUCCCAUCCUGAGAGAUAUGGCAAAGUCUCUAUGGCUUAUCCUGGGUCUGUCCCAGUGUCUCAAUCACCAUGGCUCACCAGGUGAAGGGUUGAGAGAGUCCUUUGCUGAGAGCAUAGGGACCCUUCUGAAGUUUGACUCUGAAGGGAGAUGGCAGCCCCUCUGUGUAAACCACAUUUCUUGGAGCUGAAAGCCACCUCUCUCACAUUCCUCACCACACCAUGGUUGAUAUUAUCUUAUCAUUCUCUUUUUAAGCCAACAGAAGGCCUUUUAUUUAUUUACCUAUUUAUUUUAUUUAUUUUAUAAGCUGAGGCAGGGGGGAGGGUGGGAUAUACCUGUAAAGUCAAAGUGUGUGAGGAGAGGGUGGGCAGGGUUGGUGAGGGGAAUAUUUUCUUAUAUUUCACUGAAGAAAUUAAGGAGGAAAGAAGGAAAGAGUCUUUGUGAUGCCACCCCUACUCUUUGGGGUAAGGGAACUUCUUACUCUUUCCCUCUUCUCUCAUUACAAGGACAAAAAGGAAAAGAAAAGAGAAAAAAAAGAAACCAAACAAAUUAACAGAGCGAUCUGCAAUCCAGAACACACGGCAGCUUGUCAGACACCUCUGAUAGCGGCCACCAAGAAGGCGUUCCUUUCAUUUGUAAAUAUUUCUUUUUUAUUGCGUUUUUGUAUAAAUUGGUGUUUCUCUUCUCGUGAAUAUUCAGGUCGUGGGGUGGGAG